AUAGCGAUCCUCUUGGUGCGGCAGCUGUAGACAGCGACUGUGAAAUGAAGAGUUAGCCGUUUGUGAGCAAUGUUUUGGCUUCCUUUGCAUGCAGCUGGGUGACUUCCCGUGGUGUCUUUGAGCUGCUAUGAAGGCGGGGGCCUCGUCCAUGUGGGCAUCAUGCUGUGGUCUGCUGAAUGAAGUGAUGGGUACCGGGGCCGUGAGAGGGCAGCAGCCAGGUUUCGGGGCAGGUGCAGGACCGUUUCGUUUUGCUCCCACUGCAGGAUACUCCACAUACCCACCUACCAACUCCACCAACACCAGCCUUGUGUGUCAGUCCUGUAGACAAGCCUUCUCUGUCUUUAGGAGAAGGCACAUCUGUUGUGACUGUAAGAAGAGUUUUUGUUCGCUGUGCUCAGUACUUCAGGAAAACCAGCGCAGAUGCACAACUUGUCAGCUGCUGAAGGGCACUUCAUUCCAGCGUCCACAGCUCAUGCGUUUGCGUGUUAAGGACUUGCGGCAGUACCUUACGUUACGCAAUAUUAACACUGAUACCUGCAGGGAGAAAGAGGACCUUGUGGACUUGGUGCUUUGCCAUCAAGGUGCCGAAAGUGAGGAUGAUCCAGACACGCCUUCUCUGCAGUCACGCCCCCUGUAUAGCCCACCCCCUUCAAUUGAAGAGCCCACUUCCCCUCUCUCAGCUCUCUCUCCAGCUCAAGGAGAACCAAUCAGUAGGAGCAACAGCUCCGAGUCCAAUCAGGAUAUUGAGGACUCCACUUCAGUCUCACUCCUUAACCUCGACCAGGCAGAACACACACCAGAGGUUAGUCCUCAGACGCGGCGGCGGGCUAGAGCUUCUCUGUCAGAUCUGUCCUCCCUUGGUGACGUGGAGCAGUUGACGGUCAGGCAGCUGAAGGAGAUCCUUGCGAGGAACUUUGUGAGCUUCUCCGGCUGCUGUGAGAAGUGGGAGCUGGUGGAGCGCGUCAGGAGGCUUUACCGGGAGAAUGAGGACAAUCGCAAAUCUAUUGAAAAUGUGAGCAACCCCAUCACUGCAGUGGUAGCUUAUCCCCCUCCAAUCUGCAAUGGUGGAAUCGGAGAUGGUUGCAGGACCCAGUUAUCAAAUGACGACAGCCUGUGUCGCAUCUGCAUGGACGCCGUCAUUGACUGUGUACUGCUGGAGUGCGGUCACAUGGUCACCUGCACUAAAUGCGGGAAGCGCAUGAAUGAAUGCCCUAUAUGCAGACAAUACGUUAUCAGGGCUGUGCAUGUUUUCAAGUCUUAAUACUUCUGGGAGUACGUCCUGUUCCACCUGCAGACUGCAUUAGGAUUGGGUGAGGACGCACCCAGCAAGUGCCCGUCUUCACAUCGAAUUAGGGAGGAAGAUAAAGUCCUCUGCUUAAUUUUUCACGACGUUUGAGGAAGACUUCAGAUGGUGGGCCACAAUGGCUUUGUCAAUAAAUGCUUCAGUAAAAACAUUCCACAAGCUCUUCUAAGAGGCUCUGUAAUAAUAUGCAAUUGUUCAGCUGCAACACCUCACAGCCUUGACUUGAUAUCCUACAGCUUUGAAGACAUUCUGCUCGCAGAUCACAUGCAAGCACUGUGAGAAACUCAAGAAAAGAAACAAAUAUAUUACUCAAGUGGGUUCAUCAUCAUGCACCAUAACUCAGGAUGGAAGUAUCUGAAUGUUCCUAUUGCUCUUUUAUUUCCUUUUUGCUUUGUUUUGCAGCAUCUGUGAAUGGGCCUUUGUUUCCUGUUUGUAUUGUGAAGCCUCUUGGAUUUUUGAAAAAAGUUUUUCCUACAAGAAACAUUGUACCUCGUGAUAACUUGACAGUGGUACCAUUCAACAAAUUAUAAGUGGCAUAAUGAACGUUUCAUGGUCCACAACAGAUUAGUCCUGUUAAUCAUUUAAUCAUAUUACUUUAACCAUAAAUGACCAUACAUUUUUUUAAUCAAUUACUUUUUCUUUGUCAGAGUCUUAGGACACUUGCUGGUUUCUUGAAUAUGUGAC